AGACGAAGCAAUGCUGCAAUAGAUUAUUCUCCCCAAAGUCCCUUUCUCUCUCUCUCUCUUCUCGCCGUCUCGCGAUCGAGCGAGAGAGCCUUUGCCUUUGCCCUCGCCUCCCUCCCUCCCUCGUCUCGCUCUCGCCCUCCUCCUCCUCAUCUCAUCUCGCGAUUGGUGAAAUUCUAGGGUUGUGCGGAUUUGCUCCCCCGGGCCAACCGGAUCCAGGUCGACGAGCGCGCGCGCGCGAGGGGUCUUCAAAAGCGCUCUUCGGGAUCGCGUUCGCGUGAGCGCCAGCUAUACACUCACUCCGCCGCCGCGACGAACGACUUGGGGCUUCUCCGUUGGCUACUGCUAUUGCAGGGUCUAGUCUGAAGUCUGAACAUAAAUGAUGAAUCUUCUCAGAAUGUGGAAGUUUGAGCUCUAAAUCCACUUGGUUUGUGAGGUGUUAAGAGCACUGGACAGUGAUAGUUGUUACUGUGCAAAAUGUUUUGGCACGUACCUGGAAUCUCUGCUGCAUCACCGGUGGAUACUAUUUUAGACAAGGAAAAUUUCAAGUUGGAGGACCUUCUUGAUGAGGAUGAAAUAAUCCAGGAGUGCAAAGCACUAAACACCCGCCUAAUCAAUUUUCUGCGGGACAAAGUUCAAGUGGAGCAAUUACUCCACUACAUUGUCGAAGAGGCACCUGAAGAUGCUGAAAAGAAGAGGAUAUUUCGAUUUCCUUUUGUAGCUUGUGAAAUAUUUACAUGUGAAGUGGAUGUCAUAAUGAAGACAUUAGUGGAGAAUGAAGAUCUCAUGGACUUGCUUUUCUCCUACUUAAAACCUGACCGACCUCAUGGGACACUGUUGGCUGGUUACUUUUGUAAGGUCGUGAUUUGCUUGAUGCUGAGGAAGACUCUCCCAUUCGUCAAUUAUGUGCAGGGCCAUCCUGAAAUAGUUAGCCAACUUGUUGACCUUAUUGGUAUAACUUCUAUAAUGGAGGUGUUGAUCCGCUUGAUCGGUGCUGAUGAAACUAUGUAUUCUGGUUAUGUUGACUCAAUGCAAUGGUUGGAUGACAUAAAGGUCCUUGAGAUGAUUGUUGACAAGUUCAGUUCAUCUGAUUCUCCUGAGGUUCAUGCAAACGCUGCUGAAAUCCUUUGUGCGAUAACUAGAUAUGCCCCACCAGCGCUUGCUACAAAAAUAUCCAGUGCAAGUUUUGUGGCGAGACUAUUUCACCAUGCUUUUGAAGAUUCAAGGCCUAAAUCGGUGUUGGUCCACUCAUUGUCAGUGUGCAUAUCUUUGUUGGAUCCUAAGAGACUUGUAUUAGCUUCCUACCAAGUUUUCCGUAGUCAACUAAGCCAUGCAACAUUGGUCACUGCAAGUCCAGAGACAGUUGGUGGCAUGCUGGAUAGCCUAGGUGAUUUGUUGAAGCUGCUGGAUGUUUCAUCUGCUGAAAAUGUUCUGCCAACGACAUAUGGAGUCUUACAACCUCCUCUAGGAAAGCAACGCUUGAAGAUUGUAGAGUUCAUCUCCGUCCUGCUCUCAAUUGGAAGUGAAGCUGCUGAAAUUCGAUUGAUCCAUCUAGGAGCAAUCAAGCGUGUCAUAGAUCUAUUUUUUGAGUACCCUUUUAACAACUUUUUGCACCACCAUGUGGAGAGCAUCAUCAGUUCUUGUUUAGAUAGUAAGCAGGAUCAGCUGAUCUGUCAUGUUCUUGAUGAGUGUAAGCUUGUUACAAGAAUUUUGGAAGCUGAGAAGAACUCUGCUCUAUCAAUAGAUUUAACUAAGCACACGGUUCCUUUGGAGGGGAGAUUUACACCAAGGAUCGGACUUGUUGGUCAUAUGACACGCAUAUCUAACAAACUCAUUCAGCUGGCUAAGACCAACAGCAUAAUUCAAUCACAUUUGCAGCAAAAUUCUGGGUGGGCUGAGUGGCAUGCUGGAACCCUAACUAGGUGUAACGCAGUAGAAAAUGUUUACCAGUGGGCUUGUGGCCGGCCAACAACACUGCAGGAUCGAGGUAGGGACAGUGAUGAAGAAGACUUUCGAGAUAGGGACUACGAUGUUGCUGCGCUUGCUAGCAAUUUGAGUCAGGCAUCUAAAUAUGGUAUUUACAGUUAUGAAGAUAUUGAUGAGGAUCAAGUACCACAUGAGCGAGAUGAUGAGGACGUAUAUUUUGACGAUGAAUCUGCUGAAGUGGUUAUUUCCUCUCUUCGUCUUGGUGAUGAACAUGACAGCAACUCCUUGUUUACAAAUUCCAAUUGGUUUGCAUUUGGUGAGGAUAAAGCACUGAACGGCGAGGUCAACCCAGAAGCUUCCCCAUCCCCAAAUUCAGAGAUAUCUUCUCCAAAUGUUGAUGAUGAGAAUGAUGAAGUCAUUCUUACUGAGGUUACAGAUGGCAGAAAGGGUUCAGAGUCACUUUUAGCAGUCGACUUGAAUGAAGAAUCUAGUCACACAGGCUUGACAAAUGUCUCCAUUGAUAAAUUGGAAGAUGACAUCAGACCACCAACUCCAGAUGUAAAAGAAAGCCCACCUGAAUUUGUGGAAUGGAGGGAGGAAGAAGCAGAACCUGCUGACGUACCUGAGAACGACACAGCAGUUCCAAAUGGCGAGGUUGGUAGUGUGGAUCAGAUGGAUGGAAUUGAGGAUGUUAUGUCUGGCACAACUGAAUUAAGAGUUGAAAAGGAGAUUGAAGUUUUGUCUGGAACCUCGGUACCUGAGAGCACAAUAGGAGAACUAUUACCAGGUUCAACGGAAAUUAGUACAACCAGGCACCCUGAACCAGUUGAUGAUAGGAAUCCUAUGGAGCCCCCUAUGGGUGAACAAAAAGCAGAAAGCUGAUGAAAAAUCAGGCGAAAUAGAAACAGACUCGUGGGAAAAGGUGGAUGUCAUAAUGAUGAUUAUGGAUGUGCAGGAUGCAUGGGGAACAAGUCAAACCAUUCAUUCAUGUAUAAUAGAACUGCUGAUGUAUUGAUCUUCUGCCCCUGCAUGCAUCAUACAACUGCUGACCAUGCAGCAUUCUCUCAUGGAGCUGCUUAAGUUUUCAUAUCUUCGCCAAUAUGCUGGCAACAUUCGAAUGCGGAAUGCUGAAAAUAGCCAGCUCUCAUUCUUAAACGCGUAGUGUGAUCUGCAGUCUGCUCGUGUCACCGUGGUAAAUACUAGUAACUGAUUGGUGAUCUGUGGUUUCGAUGCUUUAGUUUCUGUAGUUGGUGCUGUUAGCACAACAAUUUUGACUCGGAUUCAGGCCGAUGAAUGUUAUCAUAUUAUUCAUGAUUUAUUUUGUAAACAACUAAGAACAUCAAUAUUAUUUUCCCAUGUACUUCAUGUGUUUUUCA